AUGGCAAACGGCGGCGAUCUUACCGCCACAGGAGCAUCCAUCAAACAAGAGCCUCCGGUGGUUCCUCCUCCUCGUCGACGUGAAAUCCCCACCGCCAAUAUCCCUCCUCCAAGAUUCGCCGCACCAAAUAGAGUCAAUCUUACUGAAGAGAAUCAAUCUUUACUCAACUCAUUUCGCUCCUCCGCCGCCAUGACUCCUCAAGAAACAGACGCGUGCAUGCAGUCCUUGUUCAACGUAAUCACUAGCAACGAAGAAGACGGUGCGGCUCAGUUUAGAGAAGUGAUCUCAAGAUUAGACGAGGGAAACGAUCUUCGGAAGAUGGCCUCGUUGCUGACGUCAGAUCUCAAUCGUUUCUUGGAGAUGGCAAUAGACGAUAACGGCUCGAACCGCAUACAAGAGCUACUCGGAAUAAGAGACGACGUGGACACCUUCUUCUACAACGCUAUCUUGAGCCGCUUCAACCACAUCAUGACCGACUAUGAGGCGUCCCGCGUUGCGAUGCAAGGGAUGCGAGUUUUCAGCGAGGAGAAGAAGACAGGAAUGUGCAACUACGUUCGCCACCACGCGGUUCACCUGGCGUGUGACCGAUGCGGCUACGCCGUGCUGAAACAAAUCAUAAACGUCUGGUCCAGCUUGGGCCAUUUUUUCUACAGAGACCAGCUCUUGUACGUAGUCGCGCAGAACGCUCUAGACUUGAGCUACCAUGCUCGUGGGAACUACGUGGUCCAACACGUGCUUCAGCUGAAUGACUUGCGUUGCACGCGUAACGUUGCAGUUAGCCUUAGUGGCCAUUACUUUGGCCUCUCAUUUACGAAGUUUGGAAGCUACGUCGUGGAGAAGCUUUUGGAUACGGAGGAGGCGGCGGUUAUGGUGGUGGAAGAGUUUCUCCGGUGUGAAGGAGAGAGUUUGGUGGGGCUUGCGACGAGUGCUUACGGGAACUUCGUGGUGGUGAAGGCACUGAGGGUGAUGCGGGAGAGGAAUAGGAGGGAUCAGUUUUGGGGUUUGGUGAAUAAGCUCAGGCCCCACGUUCAUCUCUUGCGUGGACGCAAGGUUGGUGCAUUCUUGUACUGGCUUCGUUAG